AUGUCGACAGAGGGAGAAGAUAAUUGGCAAGACUUGGCCCAGAAAUUGCAAGUCUCACACAAUGAAUUGCUUGACUUUCAUCAGAGCCACUUUUCUCCUGAUGCUUUAGCUAGUUUUGGUUCUGAUUUCAUGAAUCUUGCAGAGAGUCAAAAAGGCAUCGAACAUUAUGCAGCAGAGGGCUGGGACGAUGAAGAGGAUGAUGGUCUGGGUUAUUACGAAGACGGGGUGAAGCGCACUCUCACCGACGAACAAAUUGAGAUAUUCCGACAUUCAGAGUUGAGAGACCUGCAACGCAAACAAGAACGAGCUAAGGGAUCGAAACGUGCUGGCGACGAUGAGACCGCAACAGAGGAAAAUUAUGCAUCGUCAACUGGCCAAAAUAGCACGACGCCCCCAGUAACUCGAAGCAGCAAGAAGAAGAAGAAAAGGGGAAGGAACCCCAGACCGGAGCCAAAGCCGGACUUACGAAAGCGCACCUGGGAUGUCGUUGAUGCCGGACUCGACUCGUUGGACUAUGACUGA